AUUUAGGUCCCCCGUCAACACUACCUUUCUCCUACGUCCAACAUUGCGACCGUUUCACUGCUCUGAUCGGCUAUGAACGGUGAAUGGACCAGUUUCAUUAACGAAAGAACAUUUUUUAUUUAUUGACUGUAUUGCCUUAUUCCACAGUCCAGAAUAAUCUUACAUUAUAUGAUUGGGGUAUUUGUUGCUAUCGUUACUCCUGGGACGUGUAACCUUGCUCUAUUGACCGGAAUGGCUGAAUAUCUCUCGUGGCUAACGCAAAGCUGACUAACCGUUCUCCUAAACCCACCGUAUUAAAUUGUGUGUAACUGUCCAUCGGCGGAAGCGGGUUAGUUUGACCUGUGUCGGGGAUUUCUUAAUAUAUAUAUUUUUUCUUUUUAGCUUUUUACGCCGACUUUUUAAAUGGGAGUAAUACUGCGGAACCUCCAAAAGCAGGUUCCCCUCCGCCGAGCCAGGCUACGGAAGGAUGUGGAGACACUGCGACACAUCCUGGGCAUCCAGAAGUUUGAUUUAGGCAUCGUCUGCGUGGAUAACCACAGGAUCCAGCAAAUUAAUAACAUAUACAGAAAGAAAAAUGUGCCAACAGAUGUCCUCUCAUUUCCAUUCUAUGAGGACCUGAGGCCUGGUAAGAUGCCCCUCCCCCUUCACAGGGACGAGCAGAACCUCGGGGACAUUUUCCUGGGGGUGGAGUUUGUGAUGAAACAGUGUCAGGAGGAAUCCCUGGAUCUGCAUGGAACCCUCACUGCUGUCACUGCGCAUGGGAUCUGUCACCUGUUAGGCUACAGGCAUGAGACCGAAGAGGAAUGGACAGAGAUGCUUCAGAGGGAGAACUACAUCCUCAGUGAGUACAACAGACUGACAGGAAGGAGCCUGGAGCCGCUGAUGAAAAGGUGCAGUCAGGACAGGUAACAGCGAGCAGGGCCGGCUCCCUUCCCUCUCUGGUGCUUGAUAUUGUUUUCACUACCCUGUAACCAUGGACUUUAAUCGCCUGGCAGUACACACACAUUGGCAUGAUUGUGGAUGUUCUUUUUCCAACCCUGGAUGUGUGUUAUUAAAGUGUUUUCAACAUCAAAUGAAAAAGCUGUGCACUUUCACCAGAAUAUUUUAUUAAAAUCUGCUUUAGGAA